UUGAAUUCAAUUCAUACGUUUCUUUGUCGUUUAGAUUACGAGGUCGAUUUGAAGAAGCGUCGUGGUCCUUCGGAAUACGAUGAAGUUGAACAUCGUCUUCAGAACCUGAUAGUAAGAGUCGAUGAGAACACCGGUGGUUCUUCAUUGGAAAGCAACUUAGAGAGUUUAUGUUCGCUCUUAGAGGCAGAUCUCGACAAAUAUCGAACGAAAAUUAUUGAAACCAUUACGUUUUGCGUGUGUCAGUUACCUGAUAAAAUAACUAUCUACUCUACGUUGGUAGGACUUUUGAACGCAAAGAACUUCAAUUUCGGUGGAGAGAUUGUGGAAAAGCUGACUUCAGAGCUGCAGAAGAAGCUUGAGGCUGAGGACUUCCAGCAAGCAAUCGCUUUUCUUUGUGAUCUCGGUAACAGUCGCGUUCUAACCUUAAGCUCUAUUGUCGAUUUCCUUGAGGCUCUCUUACAAUCAGCUUUUGAAGAAAAUGUUCCGCAAGUUCGCACAGAUUGGUUUGCUUAUGUUGUCCUGCGUGUUUUGCCAUGGAUCGGACUCGAACUAAGCGAAAAGAAAAAAGAGGAACUAGAUAAUAUACUUGAAGCAGCAGGCAGAUACAUUGAGGGAAGGAAGAAGGUCCAUGUAAAGAUGCUGCAAGUGUGGAGUUCGAGUGCGCACCACGAGCAAGAAGACAGCCUAGAAUGUCUGCUGGCCCAAAUAAGAUCGCUUCAAAGCGUGGGAUGGAAAGAAAAGCAAAUUGCCAGGCACUAUGUUGCUUUUGAUGCAGCUCUUCAGGAUGCUCUACAGCAUAACUUACCGAGCUUCUCUCCACCUGAUCACAAACCGGAAUCGAAUUACCCUUUACCGACCGUUGUUUUUCGUCUUUUCGAUUACGCGGACUGUCCGGAUGAUGUGAGUAUUUCUUAUUUAUUGCUAGUGAGUCAGGAGCAGUUUAAUAGUGCUGAGGAAUUGACUGCUUACUCACGCGGUGCAAAUGUUCCUAUCGCUUAUAUGAUCUUGGAAGUGUUGUUUUCACAACUUUUUCGUCUUCCAUAUCCUCCACAACACACAGGAUUUUAUGGUCCUCUCCUGUUGGAUUUAUGUAGGGUGCAAUCGUCAACAAUGCCUCAGGUACUGGCGCAAGCUGCCGAACUGCUUUAUCAACGAGCUACCACUAUGCAACCAUUAUGUCUGGAUAGAUUUGUCGACUGGUUCAGUUUCCAUUUAUCUAAUUUUGGUUUCCGUUGGUCGUGGAACGACUGGAAAGAUUGUCUUACUGCUGAUCGAUGGGAUGUGAAAAAGAUUUUUGUUGGUGAGGUUAUUGAAAAGUGCCGUCGGCUUUCGUAUUAUGCACAUCUGAAAGAUUUCCUACCGAAAUCAUUUGCUCCCAUGAUUCCACCACCACCUGAUUUGUUACCAAAAUAUUUACGCUUGAUGUUAAUGAAAACCACUGCAAAGUCGUUCAGUCAUACUUUUGUUGCGUUGACCAGGUAUAGUUUGACACUGAAAACAGUCGCCGAUAGUUCCGAUGAAAUGCAGGAAGUUCUCUUGCAAACCCUUUUCCAUUGUUGGCGAAACAAUCACCUGCGUCUCAUCAUACUGGUGGACAAGAUGCUCAAGAUGCAAAUUUUGGACUGUGGUGUUGUAAUUUCAUGGAUUUUCAGUGGAAGUCUUCGAAGCGAAACACACAAGCAGUGGAAAUGGGAGGUGCUGAAUACGGCAUUGGAGCGUCUUUCACGCCAUAUCCAUAAGGUCGCUCACGAUGUGCAAAUUUUGCAAAAAAGAGUUAAACAUCAACGAAUUGGUGGCGACGAUGAGAUGGACGACAUGGAUGUGAAAACUCGAGAGCAAGAGGAAUUGGAACAGCAGAAGGAAAAGCUCGAAAAUCUGAAAGACUUCCAGAAGUCUCUUUUUCUCGACGUUUUGCAUGUAAGAAAUGGUUGUUGUGCUAUAUAUCCGUUUGAUAUAAUAGUCCGUUUGUGCCUUCGAUGUUUUAUUUGUGUUUUCAGAAGUUUACAGUGUUACUCACGGAAUAUAUUUUUCAUUGUGAAACAGAAGGAAAGAAUUUUCGCACACCCUAUUUUUUUUGGAUCAAAGGACGGUUCAAGCAAAUAUUUCUUAUGGUGGGUUCAGUUUUUCGACUUUGUUGUUCGUAGUAUUUGGUUAAUAUGUUGUGUAGAUGAAAAGUAA